CCGCUGGUCUCGCGGAGAGUGCGCGCGCAGUCUAGGUGUUCUGUCCGUGCAGUAAUUCGCUUCCUUGUCGCCGUUCGCUGGUCUCCGCUCGAGUCUCCCGGGUCCGUCAUGUCUGUAGCCUUUGCGGCUCCGAGGCAGCGCGGGAAAGGCGAAAUCACGCCCGCCGCCAUUCAGAAGGUGAGCACAAAGAGCUGAGAGAGGGGAAGCAUCUUUCACCUCUAACCAUAGAGCAUGCUGAGUGAGAGCAUGCUGAGUGAGAGCAUGCUGAGUGAGAGCAUGCUGAGUGAGAGCAUGCUGAGUGAGAGCAUCCUGAGUGAGAGCAUGCUGAGUGAGAGCUGGGUCCCCGAGGGCUGGCUGCACUGUCUGUCUGUCUAUCUGUCUGUGUUUAUAUAUAUAUAUAUAUAUAUAUAUAUAUAGAGAGAGAGCCACGUGCCAGCCUGCUCUCUGCUUUCAUUGUAAGCGCCAUAGAUCAGACUGGCGAGCGCCAUAGAUCAGACUGGCGAGCGCCAUAGAUCAGACUGGCGAGCUGGUGACCAUCGUGAUAGGUGGCUAAUCCCCUCUGUAAUAGCACCACCAUGGCCACUUUCCUUUCUUCCAGGAGCUCUGCCCUCCUCCCAGCUAGUCUGCAAUCCCAAGAGCUGACUCUCUUUCAGGUGCUGGCUGAACCUCAGCCACAAGAGCCCUAAGCUCUGUUCUAUGCGCUGCUGAUACACAACACUAAGAGCACUAGGCUGUUUUAUGUAUCCUAUUGGUCCACAGCCCUAAGAUCCAUAAUCGCGAUCACGUCUCCUGCUCAUGUGCAGCCCCAAGAGCCAUCAGUUUUGUCACGUCCCCUGCGGAUCCGUAAUGCCGAGAGCCGUCUAUUGUCACGUCCCCUGCGGAUCCGUAAUGCCGAGAGCCGUCUAUUGUCACGUCCCCUGCGGAUCCGUAAUGCCGAGAGCCGUCUGUUGUCACGUCCCCUGCAGAUCCGUAAUGCCGAGAGCCGUCUGUUGUCACGUCCCCUGCGCAUCCGUAAUGCCGAGAGCCGUCUGUUGUCACGUUCCCUGCGCAUCCGUAAUGCCGAGAGCCGUCUGUUGUCACGUCCCCUGCGCAUCCGUAAUGCCGAGAUCCGUCUUGUCACGUCCCCUGCGCAUCCGUAAUGCCGAGAUCCGUCUUGUCACAUCCCCUGCGCAUCCGUAAUGCCGAGAUCCGUCUAUUGUCACGUCCCCUGCGCAUCCGUAAUGCCGAGAUCCGUCUAUUGUCACGUCCCCUGCGCAUCCGUAAUGCCGAGAGCCGUCUAUUGUCGCGCAUCCGUAAUGCCGAGAGCCCUCGUCUCUGUGAUGUCCCAUAUGUUGGCAAUGCUCAGUAACGGAGUGGUUAAGAUGACAUGCACAGCAAAUGGAAGGCUUUAAAAUAUUGUUACAAUUGGUGAUGUAGAAGACUGACAACCAUAAUGGAAAUUGACAAGCAGUUUUGCUCAAAGUGCUCAAACCGUUUGACCAGAAACUGCUCACUUUAACACAAUGUUUGGGGGAUUGUGCUGAGCCUAAUGGCACCAUAACAACUACAUUGUAAUGUGUACCCUUUAAUGAUGUCAAGAAGGCAGCUUAUUGACAUGGGCAGGAUGUCUUCAUAAUAUCUUGCUGUUGUAUCCUUUAUCUCAAUUAUGUAAUGAGUAGACAGUGUGAGAUACUGUUUUGUGAACCAGGCUGUGUACAGAGAAUUCGCAAUUCCUUGAAUGAGCUUGUGUCCACCCAUGGCUAAUGCUCUCUCCAGGACAGACAAUCUCUACAGGUUGUGUGUAAAUUAGACUUGUUCACUCACAUCCAAGAUCAGACUGUGCAGCUUCACUUAACUGUACUUAGUCUAUUAAGCAGGUUUAGCUUCCAGUUUGGCCUCUAAUUGUUGAUGGGUCUGCAGUGGUGUAAUAAAACUGUUAUGAAAACAUUAUCUGGUGCUGUUUGUCUAUACUUUAUCUACAUUGGUCUUUAGUUCAGGCUAGAGCAUGGUUCUUUAGCUGGGUCUAUAUUUUAAUGGUCAUUUUCUUGCCUAGCCACCCAUGUCUGUAUUGUCUAGAUCUUACUUUAGUCAGCUUUGACCUAUCUUUAUUUUGUUCUGCAUUUUGAGCUUUACACAAUUACAUGUUUUUUUUUUGUGUGGGUUUUUAUUUAUUUUUUAAAUUUCACAUUUCUGAUUACCCUAAAUUCAGAUGCAUUUUAGUUUCCAAGUAUGUGCUCAUAUUUACAGUGUAUAUUGAGGUGUCCAAUGAAGCCUUUCGUUUCAAGAAAAUCAAAUGCAUAUUAUUGCCAUUGUCCAGGAAAUGUUUGUCAGGGCUCGCCUGGGAUUGUUUAGCAGAGGUGGCGAGGGCGAACGCAAGCGGCUUUUUGAUGGAGAGCAGUGGAGGCCGCCGGGUGUGCAAAAUGAAGGGGAUGAGGGAGCUUUAAUCUUUAUGCUCUAUUCCCAUGCGUGCCCUGCAGUGAUGCCCAGAGCCUGAAUAUGAUGUCACUCCUACCCUAACAUCACUUAAUAGCGUGAGUAGGAGGUGAGCAGGAAGAUGAUGGCAGCCCCACUGGACCCUAGGGAAAGCUGAUCCACUCCAGCUCUCCCAAAGGUAGGGAAGCUGGGUGGAUUUAAAUUAAAAUUUUAAAAAACAAAACUAAUUUCUGAGUGCAUCUGUCCAUGUGUGUGUGUCUUAAAGGAACCGUAUAGGCACCUGGACUACUGCAGCUUAUUGAAGUGGCCUGGGAACAUUGUCCCUAUUACAGUUAGUGCUGCAGUGUUUAACAUCGCAGUUCCAGAAAAUAUUUACAUUGCAGCACUAAGUCUACCUCCAGUGGCUGUCUCCAGUGGUGCUUACUGGAUCCUAAUGGACCUUUGGCCCGGUAACUGACAUACAGCGUCAUGUUUUUUUUUUUUUUUUCUAAAGAAAGCAUUGAUUCAAUGCUUUCCUAUGGGGAGGUCUAAUGCAUGCACUGCAUUUGCUGUGCAUACGCAUUGUCCCCCGCUCAUCACAAGAGGCCGAAGGAGGCAGGGCCAGCACCGAAUGGAUAAGGUAUGUAAAUAAAGGGUUUUUAACCCUUUAUUUACCAAUACAUGGAGGCAGAGGGAGUUAUAGAGCCAGGAAUACAACUUUGUAUUCCUGGCACUUAUCCAUUUUAAGCUGUAGAGGUUCUGGUGACUAUAGUGUCCCUUUUUUUUUUUUUUUGUGUGUACUCCUGACAUUUUUUGCUGGCUCCUAGAUUCCAUGCAAAUUUGUCAAUCUAUGAUUUGGAUGUUAUUCUCAACUUAAAACCAGUCCAGCUUCAGUGCUAUGUUAUAUAUUUAUAUAAUAUAUAUUUAUAUAAUAUAUAUUUCUCUAUCUAUCUCUCUAAUGAAAGGCUAGCAAUCUGACAAACCGGAUUAAAUUUUUUUUACUUUUGAUAUUGAAGUCCUUGAGUGCUAGCCUUUCAUUUGGAUUCUAUGUUUAUGUGCAGCUGAGCACCGGGCAGACACUGGAAGGCGAGCUGGAGUGCAAAACCCCCAACGUAUUUGUGUGUGUAUGUGUGUGUGUAUGUAUGUAUGUAUAUAUAUAUGUGUGUGUAUAUAUCUCUAUCUCUAUCUCUCUCGGUACAGUCUUUUUGAUGACUUAUUUCAGCUCCUUUUGGCCAUUGAUCAACCAUUUUUGUAUGCCAGGGAUCUGUUAAUUAGUUUGUAAACAAUGAUAUAAUAUUGACUGUGUUCUUUACUGUAUUAUUGAAAUGGUCCGUAACAUGCAUUUCACAUUUAUUAUGCUGCUCUUGAAUUGUGAUUUUUGAUACGUUUUCGUUGUCCGUUGUUUUUGUGUAGAGAAACUCAGUCUACUUGUAUGCUGCAUUAUCCACAAUUGAUUAUCCUUUUAUUUAGCUGAUAUCAAAAUACGUUUUUGGUAAUGAACUCCUCAAAAAAUAUCCUUUACAGUGUACUGUACUGAUUAUGGUCCUUAGCGUGCCUAUUUAAGUUAUAACAACUCUGAUGCAACUUAAAUUUUAAUCUCUUUGUGAUUUAUAUUUACGUAUUUGGUAUGAUUUUUAUUUGCAUUCUUUCUAAACCAUUGUUAUAUACUCUUGUCACUGGUCCCUCCUUUCACCUAUCUCCAUGCUGAGAUUGCCUAGCAUGGGGACCAUUUUCUAGUCUGUACAAUCUCAUUAAACGAUCCUUCGUUAACAGGACUGUGAUGUUAUCAGUUCAGAGUGAGAAGCCAAAUUAUUAUUUUUUUUUUAUGGAACUUCAAUCCUUUCAGUGUCAUUCUUUUUACAACAACUCUUUUUAACCCCUGACAACAGUGACAUAUUUCCAGCUUUUAGCACGAUCACGUUUUAUUUCAAGUAUAAGGACAAAUCGAAUACUUUUUACUAAUAUUUAACAGAGAAAAUCACAAAUGGUGGUAAUUGGUUAGGACUAUGCAAUGGUUGAGUUAUUUGAGAUACUUUAAAGGUGCUUAACCAUCUCAACAACUACAGCUUAAUGUAGUGGUUCUGGGGAAAGAGAUUACAUGGCAGGGACAGUGUUUACAUUGCUGCCUAACGCCACCUCUAGUGGCUGUGACCCAAACAGCCAAUAUAGGAACUUUUGGGGCAGUCCUGCAAAGAUUGCAGGGCAGACAUUCACUGCAUUUAAGCUCAUGGAAUACGUGCUGAUUGGAAGUAAAUUAUGAGUAAUGAUGAUGUCAGCUGUGGGAGAAGCAGUAGCUGUGGCAAGAUAAAUGCACCUGAAGAAGAAAGGCAAAUAAACCUUUUUUUUUUUUUUUUUUAACCUUCAAGGGACCCCAAUUAUCUUCCUUGCUAGUAGAACACCAUAACUUGUUUGCAUUCCUUACACUGGUGUUACAUUAGGGUGUUCUACAUGUAUUGGGGCAUUUGAAAAUAAUCCUUUCGACAAUGACAAUGUCAGCGUCAACCGCAUGUGAGCUGUGUAUCUGCUAGUACAACGUAGCUUGCAUUAUAAUGAAGACUCGUUUGCAUCACCCUAAUAGGCCCAUGCCCCCAACACACAGGAUUAGGCUCCUUGUGAUGACAAAAACAGGAAUGCUUCCAAAAAAAACAAGUAAAAAAACAUGACAGAGAAGCAUAAGUGACAUGAUGGCAAGAUGUGGCAAUAAGGCUGUUGAGAAGUAGUAGGCAACAUAAACAGAUAUGUGGAAGAAGUGCGAGAUCAGGCACCAGUGACAUUUUUGAAGAUCAAUGAGGUGUGAAUGCCUUUUAAUUUACCUACCCUCACUAAUACUGCUCUGCAUUCACACUUACCAGUAAAUACUUUGAUGGACUGGUCCUGAAGAAAAAUGUACUUACUUAUGCACUCACACUCAUUUCAUUUUGUACUACUGUAGCGCCAACAGAUUUCAUAACUCUUUAUGGAAUAUGUUGUGAGAACACAGACUAUGCAAUAUAAACCUACCAAUAGGAUGAGGACUUGGUCUUUGAGCAGCCAUCGAUGUACUCAAAAAGGUUCCUGUUAAUAUACAUGCAGGUUUUUAUUUUAAAAUAAGGAAGACUGUUCAUUGUGAUAGUAUUAAUGCUAGUAAAUGUAUACCUGUUAACCAGAACCAGUUCUUGGCAUUAAGAGAUGUGGUGGUAAAUACAUUUUUGUUAGAAACUGCAAAUAUUUUAAUAAAAACAUAUUUUCCUCAACAGAUGUUGGAUGAAAAUAAUCAACUAAUUCAAUGUAUAAUGGAUUAUCAAAAUAAAGGAAAGACGUCAGAAUGUUCACAGUAAGUACCUAGUAUAAUAUAAAUUUUUCUUUGAUUUAAGGCUCAUCUCCAGCUAUGCAACUUUUUUUUUUUUUUUUUGCUUUUAGCAGUUUCCUCCACUUAAUAGUGGUGAGUGUGAGCGACAUUGUAGUUAAAGUGUACUCUGUAAGCACCUUAACCACUAUAGCUGAUUUUAUGAAAAUGAUAAGCUGAGAGCUGGACUGGUUAGCAGUCUUAUCAGUCUGAAACACUACACAUGAAUAGAUAUCUAAAGGUUGCUGCCGGAAGUGUAACUUCACCUCUAGCAGCUUCUUUUCCCAUGUUAAAUUUGUGUAUAUGGGUGUCUUUUGUCAGGCAGAGUUCUGUCUCUUUAGUGAGGGGAAGUGACAUCGACAGUGGAGGACCGAAGUGCAGCAAAAGCUCUGCCUUAUGAGAGAGCAGUUUGUUUGCAAGGGUAAGUCUAUCCCUGGCAUGGCUUAGGAGGACACGACAGGAUGGUGGGGGGCAGAGGAACCAUGCUGCCAUUGGAUGUUCGUUCCUACCACACUCGUUCUAUUAGAUUAAUACCUCAAAUAUAUCUCUAUAUAUUUGGGAUUUUCAUACUGAAGUCUUGCAUAUACAGACUUCAGGCACUGUGAAGUGGUAAUGGUGCUUGGACUAACCCUUUCAUGUAUGCAGUAAUAUUUAUAAUGAUUAAUUGCAUCAAACUCGGUAAAGAAAAAAGUAAAUGAAAGCAUUGCACAGCGGCCAUGAUGCUGACCACCUAAAAAUGUAAAAAAUAAACUGCUCUUUUGAUCUAAUAAAAAAAAAAAUAGGCCUUUUAUUGAACAUUAUAAUGUAUUCAUGAGCUUAUAGUGUUAAAACUUUUUGGUCCCCCUGCCCCCCCACCUAAAUAUAGUUAAAUCUUAUCUUUAUUCCUUUAUCUCUGCCUCUGAUUUGCCUCCUUGGCUAACCUCACCAGAAGUCAAUACCUCCCAUAGGAAAGCCUUGGAUUGGCUGAGCUAGUCAAUUCUGCUGAUCUCAGCCAAGGAGAUGUCCCGGGGGUGGAGUUAAAUGCCGCUUGGCCAAUCGGCAUCUCCUCAUAAAGAUACUUUAAACAAAGGGUCUCCAUGUAGAGGGUGGAGACACUGAUGCAGCACUGCUGCAGAAAUCACAUUCAGUAACCAUCUGAGAAGUGGCUACUGAAGGGUAUCCUGGAGCACUGCAUUAUCUCUGAAAAGACUGUUUACUGCACAACGCCUGCAGGGGCAGGCUUUACUCGCCAGAACAUGUGGCUAUAAUGUAACUUUAAAAUUGUUUGUACAGCAACUACCUCCAAAAAAAAUCAAACUGUGGUGUGUUUUUAUUUUAUUUUUUUUUUAUUCCUCCCCCCUCCUCAGAAUUUUCACAUUUUCAUGCUAUUGCGCGCUUCAUGCUUGUAUGAUGAAUAUUAUUUCCUGUAUUUUUCAAAUUUCAUUUGGUUUCUUUUCUCUCUUUUUUUUUUUUUUAAUAUAGGUAUCAACAGAUGUUACAUACAAACCUUGUUUACUUGGCCACAAUAGCAGACUCCAAUCAAAAUAUGCAGCCUUUAUUACCAGCAGUAAGAAAACACUUUGGCAAAUUUGCAAACAUUUAAAUUAGUUCAGUUUUGUUAUGAUAUUGUAAAUAAUUAUAAUUUUAUCAUAAAACUUUUUAGUAAUGAGUUUGGUUGUAUUGAUGUCAAUGAUGUGAUAUUUUUUUUUUUUUAAAUUAUGAUAACAGAACACUCUAAUGAAAACAACCUUGGCUUAAAGGGACACUACAUGCCCUUGCAGUCUCACUUCACAAUUCUGUGCCAUUUAGGCAUUAAAACACUUUGUUUAUACAGCCUUCAUAAACAUUUUCCUGUAUAGAGAGAUCUAAUGUUUAAACUUCCUUUUAUAGCUUAGUUUGUUUACUUUCAUAUCUUGUGCUCUAGCCUUCUAGACCCUGCAGGAACCUCUUGCGUGUGAUUAAAGGUCAAUUUACAGAGCAGUUGAUAAAAAACAUCUGAUUGAAAAUUAAACUCUUCCCCACCCCCCCCACCCCAUACAGGCUGUGUGAGUGACAGCCAGGGGAAAUGUGACUAGGGCUGCAUAAAUCGAAAUAAGUGAUUUAACUCCUAAAUGGCAUUGUAUUGAGCAGUGAGGCUGCAGGGACAUGAUCUAUACAUCCACACUGCUUCAUUAAACUAAAGUUAUUUUAAUGCCUAUAGUGUCUCUUUACUAGUGGUUUUGGUUGAAAGAUCAUUCUUGCAGUCUCACUGUUCAUUUCUCUGCCAUUUAGCAGUUAAGUCACUGUUUAUGCAGCCCUAGCCACAUUGCUCUGCCUCUGACUUCUAUAGUGUUAGGAAUACAAAUCCUGCCAUCUUGUCAUCCUGUCUAUGACCAAAGUUAACCUUCAUCCAACCUGUUACAUAGUUGUCUUGGUUGAAAAAAGACGUCAGUUUACCAAAUACAACUGUGAAGCUCAUUCUUUUGUCGUCGAUCCAAAAGACGUCAAAAAAUCCCAAUUGUAGCCAUUUCCAAUUAUGCUACAAAAAGGGGGGGAAAUCCUCUUUGACUCCAUAAUGACAAUCCUGUUUCUCCCUGGUUCAACAAACUGUUUACAUACCGUAUAUACUCAUCUAUAAGUCGAUCUCGUGUAUAAGUCGAGUGCAGUUUUUGACCAACAAUUGUGAAAUAUGCUAUGACUUGUGGAUAAGUUGAGGGUACAUUUUUCAAAUGGAAUUGUUUGGUUACCGAGCAGACUCUGUGUGGUCCCCCUUGUUAACACCUCGUAAUCACCGACCACCCCUGGCUGUUAACCACAAACAAGUAUUCCCUGGGUGGCCACCAUUCAUAUAUACGAAUGCACAUGUUGUCUCCAGAACGCAGGCAGCGGUACAUGGUCGUUGUCGGCUACAAUCUCUGAGUCAGCGACGCAAGCCCGCCAACCCCACUGAAACUUGUACCCCUGCCCGUUUGACUUCCCGACCAGCUAGGAGAACUGCAUUCGGGAGUCAACAUUGCCCUACAUUCGACUCCUGAACGCUGUACAAAAUGCUAUCAAAACUAGCACUGACCCGUGGAUAAGUCAACUCAGCAUUUUAAAAUGACGUUUAGAACUAAAAAUUUUCGACACACACCCUGUUCCAAAUUAUUAUGCAAAUUCUAUUUAAGUGUCACAAAGAUUAAAUAUUUUGUUUUUCAGUUUAACUCACGGAUGGCAUUGUGUCUCAGGGCUCUUUUGAUCACUGAAAACAAUCUCGGACACCUGUGAUAAUUAGAUUGCCAGGUGAGCCCAAUUUAAGGAAAAACUAUUAAAGGAGGGUGUUCCACAUUAUUAAGCAGAGCACCAUUUUCAUGCAAUAUGGGGAAGAAAAAGGAUAUCUCUGCUGCCGAAAAGAGUGAAAUGGUUCAAUGCCUUGGACGAGGUAUGAAAAGAUUAGAUAUUUCACGAAAACGUAAGCGUGAUCAUCUCACUAUUAAGAGAUUUGUGGCUAAUUCAGAGCACAGACGGGUUUGUGCAGAUAAAGGCACAUUGAGGAAGAUUUCUGCCAGAUCCAUGCAUCGGAUCAAGAGAGCAUCUGCUUUAAAUACCAUUACAUAGCAGCAAACAGAUAUUUGAAGCUGCUGGUGCCUCGAGAGUCCCACGGACAUCAAGGUGUAGAGUCCUCCAGAGUCUUACAACUGUGCAUAAACCUUCUAUUUGGCCACCACUAACCAAUGCUCACAAGCAGAAACUGCUGCAUUGGGCAGAAAAAUCCUAACAGUCCUGUUCACUGAUGAGUGCCGUGCAACCCUGGAUGGUCCAGAUGGAUGGAGUAGUGGAUGGGUGGUGGAUGGCCACCCUGUUCCAACAAGACUGCGACGUCAGCAAGGCAGUGGUGGAGUCAUGUUUUGGGCCAGAAUCAUGGGAAGAGAGCUGAUCGGCCCCUUUAUGGUCCCCAAAAGUGUAAAAAUAACCUCUGCAAAGGAUGUGGAGUUUCUGACUGACCACUUUUUUCCAUGGUACAGAAGGAAGAACGAUGCUUUCCGUAAUAAAAUCAUCUUCAUCUCAUGCUGCAAAGAAUACCUCUGUAUCAAUGGCUGCUAUGGGGAUAAAAUGAGAAAAAGUCAUGGUGUGGCCUCCAUCCUCACCUGACCUCAAUCCUAUUGAGAAGGUUUGGAGCAUCCUCAAGCAAAAGAUCUAUGAGGGUGGGAGGCAGCUUACAGCCAAACCGCAGCUCUGGGAGGCUAUUCUGACAUCUUGCAAACAAAUUCAAGCAGAAACUGUCCAAAAACUCACAAGUUCAAUGGAUGCAAGACUUGUGAAGCUGCUAUCAAAUAAGGGGCCCUAUGUUAAAAUGUAACGUGACAUGUUAAAAUGUUUAAAAAGUUAAAAUGUUGUUAUAAGUUUGAUUGAAAUAGCUUUUGAUUUCAGUAAAUAUGUUGCAAACACAACAAAUUACAAUUUUCAGUUCUUUACAACCUAUAAAGUGUUUUGAUACUUACUGUGCGUAAUAAUUUGGAACAGUGCAUUGUAAGCUUUUUUUAUUGUGUUUUUUUUUUUUUAACAUACAAAAUUUAAAUUUUAUUCUUAAUAGUUGAUAACAUGAGAAUUAUGCCGACUGUUUAUUUACAUCAAUUAUUUAGGUAAAUGAGAAAAAUAUCAUUUGCAGAAUAAUUUGGAACAGGGUUUAUAUACGGCAAAUAUCAAUUAUGUCCUUGAAUAUUCUGCUUAUGCAAUCAAAAUAUUUAAAAAUGUAUUUAUAUAAUCUGAAAAUACAACCUCUUUAGGCAGAGAAUUCCACAUUUUUAUUGUUCUUACUGUAAAAAAACUUCCUCUGCUGUAAGAAAAAACUUGUUUCUUCCAGUUUUAAUACCUGAUCUCAUGUCUGUUUAUUCCUGCUAAUUAACAGGGUUGCACAGUGGUUUGUACAGACGGUGUAUAUAUUUGUAUACGUUUAUAAAAAUAUAUAGUUAUGUUUACAGUCAAAUGUGAACAUUAGUAUUGCGUAGAAAUGGUAAUGUUUUAUAUUGGCCUAUAAAAGGGUCCGCAUCUGUGCAACAAAGCACAGUAUGUUACGUAGUAGUGGUUUUGAAAUUUAGUGUCCCUUUAACUGUCAGCAAUUGUACAUUUAAUAAUAAAAAGCCUUAUUGUCCCUGCUUCUCUAUCUAUGCUGGUCCUCCCCGAUAGAGCAAUACAUACACAAGGUGGUUAAGGCAAGCCUUGGUGGGUUUUUUUUUUUUUUUUUUUUGAACUAGCAAUGUAUAAAAAUAUACUUGAAAAUGUUUGUUUAUUUUUUGGGGGAGGUGCUGGAACUCUAGUGGAGUGACUGCUCUUUUGGUUUGGUGGGCAUUGGCACUUUAUAUUUUUGUGUCGGGGAUGGAAACAUUAAAGCUCAAACGAAGAAAGGACAAUAGUGAUGAAAUUAGCUAGAAAAACUGAAAGGUGCUUCUGAUGCCAAAAUACUUUUAAAUGUAGAGGUUGGAAUAUAGUAAAUGAUUUUGAUACUCAUUGUACAGCGCUACAGAAUCUGAUGGCGCUAUAUAAAUAAUAAAAUAGCUGUAUAGGGAAAAAUAUAUAUUUGUUUUAUUUUGUUUUAGUUACCAACACAGAACAUGCCUAUGGGUCCAGCAGGGAUGAAUCAGAGCGGGCCGCUGCCACCUCCUCGCUCUCACAACAUGCCUUCGGAAGGGAUGGUAGGAGGGGGUCCAUCUGCACCACACAUGCAGAGUCAGAUGAACGGCCAGAUGCCUGGUAAGAUUUUCUUCUCUAAGGUAUUCACACCAAUGUUGCUUAGCAACAGAGUGCCGUGGAGGCUCAGGGGAUACUAGAUUGUUGAGGACAAAACUGCUUUGAAUACCCUGGAGUGCAAGCUCUCUUACAGUUUGUUAGCUUCAGAGAUACGUGACCUGUAUUCACUGUUUAUCUUUCUGCCCUUGGGCUUUAAUGUGGCUGACACACAGCAUUGCCGUGAUGAACAGAACUGUCUAAAUUUAGUCUUUGUGAAACCACAUAGUGCAGCUGGCUUUCAAAGGCUUUUUGUAGAGAGACUGUCCUUAACUCAUGAAAAUAAACCCUUUCAUGAAGACAAAAGUAAUGUUUUUCCAUAUUUAUCACCCCCAUUUUACUAUUUCGGUGCUAAAUCAUAGGAUCCAAAUAUGGCACGAAUCUUACAUUUGGUGGAUAAUUGCAUUGCAGGAUUCAGUCUAUAAACUAGAAAGUUAGUUAUUUUCUAGCCAAAGUAUUAUUACCCAUGAUUGCAUUUCUUAUUGAAGGAAUGAUUGUGCAGUGAUAAUGAUGAUCUAACAUCUUACUGCUCAUACUUUCUGUUUGCAACUGUUUGUGCCAACUACAAAUACAGACAAACUGAAUUUUACUUUUCAUAUACAUUGAUUUGCAGUGUUUCAUUGUUUUUGUAUGUUAAAAGAAGAAUCAUCAAAUGGAUUUUAAAAAUCAGCUUACUUUUCAAAUCAACUAGGUAUCAAACAAAUGUCUAGGGAUGCACCGAAAUUUUCGUCCGAAAACAGGUCAAAUUUGCAGAGGAAGAGGGGAAAAAAAAUAUAUUAAUAAAAUAAAUAAAUAUAUAUAUUAGUGCAUAGUUUAACAGACAUGUUAGCAUUAACAAUUUAGAUGAUUAUAUAUCACAAAGAAAGAUGGUAAUGAUAACAUGAAAGUUAAGAAUACUGCACUUGGGGACGGUGGGGGCAAAGAGCACUAUGGGACAGGGGAGGUGGGGGAAAGAACACUAGAGGGGGGAGAGAGGAACAUUAAGCGGGGGGGCGGGGGUGGUACCACUAACAGCGAAGGGAAGUUUUUCAUAUUAGAUUAAAUUCAUAAAGUUUAAUCUUAAUAAAAUUAAAGGUAAUUUUUUUUUUUUUUUUUUAAAUCAAUCAUUUUUGAAAAAAGUUGUUUUUGGCCAAGGGCAUCCCGAAGUUUCGGUUUUAGAUUCAAUGUUUUAACUUUACUAGUGUGUUUUAUGGGCAUUCCUUCAUUUGAAGGGUCAUGGCUGUGAUAUAUCUAGCUAAUGUUCUUUUAAGAGCGCAAACGAGUCCUCCGAAAUCCAUGAACUUGUUGGCUAUAGAACUGUAUUUUACAUAAACAAUAGAACACUAAAAGGUAAGACAGGACCAGGGAACUCCAAGCACCGUAACCACUUUCUGCAGAUGAAGUUAAGAUGCUUGAAUGUUCAUUUAAGUUAACCAUAUAUGAUUGUUGCAUGGUGCAUCUCCAUGGCUGUAGAGUUUACUUUUCUGAAAUCUCUUGGUGUUUUUUGGUGGCUCUUCACAAUUAAAACUCUGACUUCCCUUAUUUCUUCUUUUGGUCAUCUAUUUUAGGGCCUAAUCAUAUGCCUUUGCAAGGGCCAGGACCAAAUCAGCACAACAUGACAAACAGCUCAAUGCCAAUGCCAGCCAAUAACCAUGGCUCCAUGGGAGGCUAUAACCACUCUGUGCCAUCUUCUCAAAAUGUGCCAGUCCAGAACCAGAUGACCAUGAGUCAAGGGCAGUCAAUGGGCAAUUAUGGACCAAGACCUAGUAUGAACAUACAACAAAAUCAAGGUAAAAUGGCUCUUCAAUAAGUUCUAUCAACAGUGCAAUAUACCUGCAACUUGAUAUUUUUUUUUGUUUUUAUUCCUUUCCUUGAAUAUUAUUUUAGCAUGCCCUAGUUAAAGGAAUACUGUUGGGCAACAUGUGAUACAAGUAAGUGGUUAUCUGCCAAUUAUAUUCAUUAAAACAAAAAGCAUCUUGACUUGAAAAAACUCCAAACCGAAGUUGGGCCACACUUAUCAAACAUGAUGCAAAACAUAAGAUGCCUUUUGAUAUAAAAUAAGACCGUUAUGAUGCUUCCUGCAGUAAUCUCUGCCUGAACUAAGAAACAGUUUAUGUCGCUCAGCCUCUUCUUGAUUUCCUUUUGUUUGCAGUGGGAACUGAGCAGAUCAUAUAAACCCGUAAGGUGUGGGAUAUGUAGUAAAGAAUAUUAAUGAAACCGCUGCCCAUAUGUGAUGGCCUGUUUACUGUGGCUGUUGCAAUUCACAACCAUGGUUCUGCGUUUUUUUUUUUUUGGGGGGGGCAAAUCACUUUAGUUUUAAAACACUGCAGGGAGGCAGAGAGAAAAUGCCUUUGUGACAUAAGUUAAAGGACAAUUGUCACUUCAAAAUUAUUUUUUAAUCUAAUAAUUUAUAUCAGAUUUUGAAAGGAAAUAGAUUUAAAAAAUAAAUAAAGUAAAUGUAAAAAAAUUUGAACCUCCCAAUUUCAUCCCCAACUUUAAAAUAUGAUCAUUCAGCCAUAUAGAUUUACCUUGGGUGAGUGUAUAAAUUCUCAGUCUCUGUAGUCUUCCCUACUUUAGACACUGUAGGUUUUCAAACAUUGUCUGACUCAUGGUGCAUAUAUAUGGCUGAAGGAUGCGGUCAUGUAUUAAAGGUAAAAAAAAAACUAUUUCCUUUCAAAACUUUAAUCAUGCUAAUUUUAAGCAUUUAAUGUCAUCUGAGACAAUCUUGGAAUUGAGUGAAAAGUGAGCACGGUGCAUUAUUGUAAAGCACCUGCUGAUUUUAUAGGGGAGGUACGGAGAUUAUAAAAAUAUAUAUUUAUAUACAGACUUUUACAUCUCUAACCGAAUUAACUUUUCUUUGUAAUUUGACCGUUUUUACCCUAUAUUUUGCAAUUCCCUGGUUUAAUACUUGUUUAGUGAAUAACUCUGUGUAGGAAUUUUAGUAAAAAUGAUAACUUAUUUAAACAGCCUUUUUACGUGUAGAAGGAGUAUUUUUAGUAUGUUGCCAUACAUAUAGUCUCAUGAUCUCAAAUUGAGAGUCAAUUUUAUUUUUAUUAUAUAUUGUGUAUGUCAAAUUAACUUUGUUUAGGUCCAAUGAUGCACCAGCAGCCUCCCUCGCAGCAAUAUAACAUGCCUCAGGGUGGUGGGCCACAUUACCAGGGACAGCAACCACCAAUGGCAAUGAUGGGCCAAGUUAAUCAAGGAAAUCAUAUGAUGGGGCAACGGCAAAUUCCUCCAUAUAGACCACCACAGCAAGGUAUAAUAUUAACUUUGAACCCUAAAUUAUUUUUGAGAUUCAUAACAGAUGUGACUGCCAUAUUACACCAGGAUAAUGGUAACAGUCUGCCAUGAUUGCAUGUGGUUCACCUUUGCUAGUUAUUGUUUAUUAUAUGUGUUGGUUAUUGUGAUUUUGAAGUUCAAAUCAUAUAGUGUAGUUUAAAUAACUUGGGAUCUUUCAAUCCUGUAGAGGUCACUAAAGAAAAUGAGAAUUUUGGUAAUCCAGUACUUAUGUUAAAAAAAGUAAAUAAAAAAAUAUUCCACGCUGUGUUUAGAAGUAUCACCACACGACAACUGGGUGUGUGUAUCUAGGUGUGUAAUGGUAGUAAAACUGUGCUGAAUAAAGUUUCCAUGUAGCCUAAAUGUCCUCACAAGAAAAAUUCUACAGUAAUUAUCUGUAUAUUUGAUUUUUUUCCCUCAAGUUUGCCCUGUUUCCUCUUGAAUAGUUAUUUUCUAUUCUAUGAGUACCCAUAUGAACAUCUGUAAUUGAGAUCAAUAUUUACUUUUGUAAUGCUUUAGCAGAUAAGACAGUUCAUUAGGUAGAUGGGUCAGUGCUUACAAAGUGUUAAAUCAGUCUGAGACAUGCAAAACAACUGAUAUGAAAACAAUGCAGCAAAAACAUUGCCAUCCAAAUACAAUUUUGAUAGAUUCUGAUACAAUUGUAAAUGUCUUAAAACACAGGUAUACGGAUCUUGUGUAACUGAUUCUCAAGUAAACUUUACCCUGUUUGAUGCAUAUAAUAGCAAAGGCAACAUUUCCAUACACUGGCUAGGUGUGUUGAGGGGCUGUGAAUGAGAAGAGGAGCUUCCUGGUUGAUCUUAAUUCUGGGGACCCCUAUUUGAUUUUUUUGGGGGGGGGCGGCAGCCAUUCAGUAACUCUCUCCAUGGUUACUAAGGCGCCUUGCCCCCUACAAAGUAUUUGCAUGUGCUACGUCUGGUUAUAUGGACGUCGUAUGAACUCCACAUACAUUUGUCAAGGCGGCAUUUAGCCAAAGAUAGCUGAGGCUAUUGGAAAUGAAACAUGCUUUGAUUUAAUAUUUGUAGUUUGCAGCACAACUGCUCUUUGUGUGCCAGAUCCAUUUGUGACAAAACUAUGAAAAACCAUAGUGACUUGCAAGAGACCGAAAAGCCCACACAGUUGUGAGUAGUUUUUGUGGCUAUGCAAGUCCAUCACUCUCGCUUCAUUUGUUUUUGGUUUCUAGGUUGACUUGUUUUUUUUUCCUCUUCUGAAAUCGGUUUCAAAAAAUUAAAUAAAGCCAACAAUUCGUGUUUAGGAGUUUAACAAUUCAUGGGACCAUCUCAACUCUUAUAAUUUGCUGUCAUCUGCAAUUUUCUCAGUCAUCUUCUGCAUCAGUAAACCACAUUCUCAUCAAAGUAUUGUUUAUUUAUCUUUCUUACAACCGAGUUGUUAAUUUACUGCAGUUAUUGCUUGAAGAUCUGCAAGUGUGCCAUAUAGAACUCUGUGGAUGUAACCAUUUCUAUUUUGUUAAAUUUGUAAGCCAACAUCUUCUCAACCUGUGUUUUAUUCCCCUUUUGGAGUGCAGUGACAUGAUCCUUCACUUUAGAGUAAUUUUUAAAAUGUUAAUGUGUUUUGUAACACCAUUUCUUACUCUGUAAAAACUCAUUAUUUCUGAGGUUAUAGGUUUCCUCUAAACUUAAGGAGUUCAUAUAACUGUAAAGUUGGAGUUCGAUUAAGGGCACUUGUUAUUUUCUUUCUGUAGUGAGUAUUUAAUCUGUAAGAUCUUUUAUUUUUUUCCUCCUCCAUCCCAUUUGAAGUGUUUCUCAAAAUUGACUCUUCUUCUGCACACAUUUCUCUCCUGAUGCUUUAAAAUAAAUAAAUAAAAAGGUUAAAUUAAUUUAUUCAACAAAUAUGUCAGCAUUUUGUUUUAUGUAGUUGCAUUUAAAUCCCUAUUUCUAAGCCCUAUGCUAGAUGAACUUUAUAGGAAGUUUCAUAAACAUUGCUGUCAAUUUGUACCCUAGGUACUUUUUAGCCAGUACGAUCCUUUACUGAAGCGAUCGGGUUUCAAAAUAUGGACAACCAUGUAGAAAUAAAUGUAGUUUACCUAUGGAUAUUGGAUUAUAUAGACAGCCAUAUAAUGUUAUUGUUACUGUGGAUGUUGGUGCACAGUGUAAUACAGACAAAUACUCCUUUCUAGCAAUGAUUCAUUUUUUGUCUUGUAUGGUUCUUGCUAUUUUGUCCCUUGUGUGAGUAGUCCACAUAGGUUUUGUUUUUGUCUUGUGAGUGCAGCUUUUUAAACCAUCAGCGUUCAUUAAUUUUUAAUCCUACAGUUACACGAUUUUGCUUCUUUUUAGCAUGGAGGAUUUAUUCAAAUGUUACUUGUUUAAGAAUAUGUUAAUGCUGCUAUUUUGAACUGCAAAAGAAUAAGGAAAAAUCUAUAUAAAUCUUGGUUGUGGUUUUUCAGGUCCACCUCAGCAGUAUUCUGGCCAAGAAGACUAUUAUGGUGACCAAUACAGUCACGGUGGGCAGGGGCCUCCAGAAGGCAUGAAUCAGCAAUACUACCCUGAUGGUAAUUUCUUCCAUGUAACAUUUUACAUUUUUCCAUGCCACAGAAUUUAAGUGGAAUAAAGGAAAAUAAUCUAGUUCAGGAAAACGAACAGCCUUAUCUGAUUUUCUUGCUUUAAAUGCAACUUUAAAUAUUUAAACUAUGAAAUAUAUCUAUUUAGUUUUUUUUAAGAUUUUUUUUUUUUUUAUAGCUUGUUCUUCUCGUGAACUGUUUUAGGAAAUAUAUAUAUAUUUAUAUAUCUCCUAGAAUAAUAGCUUAUUAAGUCAACUGACUAAAAAUAAAGGACUACCAGGAAUAAUAAAAAAAGAAAAACUAGUGGGCCAUGCCUUAUGUGUAAAUUGCAAAAGAAACCAUAAUCUCGUCAAAGCUGUUCAUAGUUUAUUUUCCUUUUUAAAGUGCUUUAUACUAGCGGACUGCUAUAAAUGCUCAUUUAUAGGAAAAACCUCAAUCAUACUCUACUACACAGCUUUGCCCAUAUUAUUAUUCACCGACAUUUUGACAGUCCAUUGGGAGUCAUAAACAAUUUCAAAAAAUUUGGUUGAAAUUAUGGAAAAGUGUUUUUUUUUUUUUUGAUACAACACAACUGCUUAAUGUUAAAAAGUUACUUCAAGCGUCAUAAACACUACAGUAUACUGGACUGGUUAUUAUACCAGGAGUACCCUUGUCACAUUUCCCAGUAAUGGGCAAAACUUUUGUACUUUGCUCUCCUCCAUGGGUCUCCUGUGGCUUGUUUUGACGCCCAUCUUGCUUCUAAAACUUUUUUUUCCAUUUAGUUUAUAAACUUGAAUUUUUAGUUGUCUAUAUCAAUCCUAUUCCUGUAGGACAAAACAUACUAUUGAAGAUAAUCUCACUACAUAAUGUAUUGGAGAUUGACCAUUGGGAGCCUGGGUAAUUGGUAGACAGUCAGUAUAUCUAAAAAAAAUAAAAUAGAAUCUGUGUGCGACAUACCACUUUUACAGUGACAUCUUAUCGAAUGAGAUUCACUUGCUUUCUGUGUCUCCUCUUAAAUUGUAUGCAGAAAGCUAGCAUUUGCUUUGGCUGCUUGAUAUUCAUUUAAUAGUAGUUUGGAAAAAAAAAAAAAGAUUUGUUCAAAGAAUGUUUAAAAUUGACCACCUCACAGCACUUUGGAGGGUCUGAGAUAUUUACAGUAAUUAUCUGUAGACUGGAAUAUUGAAUAUUUAGGGUGCGAUGAGAGGUAAGUGUUUGUUCUGUGUCAUAGAAGAGAAGCCUGCUGUUCUUCUGCAUAUGGAUACAAAUGGGAGACUUGUAUAAGGAGGUUGUGCAAAGUAGAAGUUAGAUUGGCCCACUAUGUUUUAUCAUAGAAUUGCUUGGUGGUAAUACGCAAUAUUUAAGAAAGGGGUCAAGAGGGAAGCAAAGUCCUAUGAGAUAUUAGAGUGGAAGAAUCCAGUUUGAAGGCAGCCUGAAAGAAGAAACUUGACGAGUGGAUGUAGGGAAGAGAACGGACUACUUUGUUAAACGUUGGGAUCCUCUGAAACCUGGAUGCAUUAGAGUUUAAUUCUAGUUGGAACUUAUAUGAUCAGCUGAAUAUGGCACUAGGGGGUUUGCUGCAAAUCCUUUUUGGGCAAUCUGAAUUAAUUCUCUGUGAUUGUUCUAAAAUCUAAAUUCACAGUUUGCCACGUUCUAUCAUAGGUCAAAAAGGUUGUCCAUCCCACAAAUCUGAAUAAAAAUUGGGGUGGUAGGGAGGGUUUAAUUUUUCCCACUGAUGUCAUGCCAAUGCUUCUAACAAUCCAAUCAAAUGCUCGUCAGAGAGGAGCAUUGGGGAAUAAAAGUGCAUGCGCUGCAACACUGUGCUCCUGUUGGAGGUUAGCUGUGAGAAUUUAGAUUGAAUUAGUUCUCACAGCAAGUGCCAAAGGUCAGACCAAAUGACCACUGCACCCAGCCUUUAGUGUUCCUUUAAAUUUAAUGGAGAAAUGUAGGAAAUGUUAUUACAUUUAAAGGAAUAAUUUUAUUACUUAAUGUUAAUUAAGUUACCCCCCAAUAAUGACAAUAUGCAAUACUAUGACACUUCUUAGUGGUUAUCAUUUCUAUAUGUCAACAUUUAUUACCUGUUCUGGGACACCCCCUGCCUCUCCCAAUAUAUAGGGCCUGUUCUAUUUUUUGACUAAUUAUUCUUUUUGUUUAUGAUACAGUCUUCUGGAGGAUAAUUUAUGUCCUUAUCAGACUGCUGCUUAAAAAUUGCAGAUGUAAAGUUGGCAGUUUGGUUUAAAUUAUUCCCAACAGUUCUAUCUGAUUCAUUAUGGUUGUUUCCAUUAGUAUGGUGCUACAUCAAAUGCUUUAAAGUCUCAAGUUGCUAAAGUCUGGUGAUAAGUGGUUGUAAAACCCAUCAGUUUUUCCAGUCUGCUUUUAAAAACUCAAGGUUUCAUCUUCAACUUACUUUUGUGUUCAGGGUAGGUGGCAAUGGCAUUUGUUUUACCACUAGACCACCUUAUAUGUUAACAUAGAACAUUGUUGCCCUUCAGCGAGUAAUCUUAAAUUGAAUUACAUUAUUAAUGGCCCUCUUUGUUGCAUGUUUGUGAUUCCGCCUGUAGUUGAUUUAGCACUUGUUAAAUCUAUAUGAAUUGAAUUGGUGUAAACAUUUGUGUGAUGGCCUCGCAUGUGUUGCAUCAUUGUGUUUCUAUGUCUGGUGAUCAUGUUGUUGCCUGUAUUGCAAAGAAAAAAUUGUGUGCCUUCUCUGUGUAAAUUAAUUUUUUGUUGGACUGUGGGAGGGGUGAGAAGGGGGUCCAAUUAAAACGGUGAAUUUUUAUUUACAAAGGUCAUAAAACUACUAUGUACGUUGGCUGUGCAUCAGUUAGCUACUCUGUUUACAUUAUUACUGCUAAAGUAAUUGAAAAUAAGUGCCUUGAAUUCCUCCUAGAACAAACAUUCCAAAGAGAUAUUACAGUUAGUAUGUUCGAAAACACCCCUUCCUUUUUUUUUUUUUUCCCCUUUCCUUUUUUCUUUUCCCACUCUUAAAUUAGCCUUUUUGGAGAGAGAUACACCUGUUCUGUUUCAGUUGUUCUCUUUGAAUUAGACAUCAUGAUUUCUCUGAUUUUAUUUACCCAAGACCUUAUUUACCCCUAGUCCUCUUUUUAUAGGAGCAAUGUAUAUCAUACUGAUCAAAAGUAUAAUUAUGGAGUGUUUACCAUCCAUUAUUUGCUUCACAGAUUGCUGUAUGCUUCUUAUAAAAAAAAUAAAAAUAAUCAGAUGUGAUAUAUUCUUAUAAAUCGUGAGCUAACAUAAUUAAAACUAAUUAUAUGCGUCUUUUCUUGUCAAAUUGAUGUAGGUCAUAAUGAUUACGGUUAUCAGCAACCGUCGUAUCCUGAACAGGGCUACGAUAGGCCUUACGAGGAUUCCUCACAACACUACUACGAAGGAGGUAUCUAUAUACCUUCACACACGCACACAGCACAUGCAUAUCAAUCUUUUUUUAUUUUUUAUUUUCUUCCUCCUGCAAUCACUUGAAUUUAAAGUCUUUCACAAAACACAACCACACAAAAACUGUUACAGAAUACAUGCCAGCUGUCCUACAAAAAACACGUACAAAAUCAAACUGCAAGGAUUGUGCUAGACAUUACUUACAGACACUUCAGAAAAGUUCUCUUUGAAUUCAGGCAUGGUUUAGUCUCCUAACGAAAGUUCUCAGCAGGAAAUAAAACUAACAAACAGAUCCCAUUGCUUGUUCCACAGCGUUAUAUUUACAUGCACACAUUUUAUUUGUAGGUACCAGCUUGCUGAUCUUGUGUAGCUAGUCUGUGCUCUUUGACCUGUCUUUUAAACUUUUGUCUGAAAUUUAUUUAUUUUUAUUUUAUUUUUAUUUGCGAUCAUAGUCAUUGUACUGUGAUAAUCCAAUAAGUGUAUUACUCUUUUGCCAGGGAUGCUGAAAACUACCUGCCGUCCAAACUUGCAAAACUAGCUUUCAGUUUAUGGGUUCACUUUAUUUAUUUUUGUGUUUGCUUUUAAUGGGUGUUUUUUUUUUGUAUUUUUUUGUAUUUUUUUCCCAACUUGUUUUCUGGAUUUUUAAUUUUCUUUUUGUUGUUGUUGUUGUUGUUGUUGUUGUUGUUGUUGUUGUUGUUGUUGUUGGGUGUGACUUUUCUAAGGACAUGUAUAAACCUGUUGUUAAUACUUUUUUGUUUUUUCAAUCAGGAAAUGCACAGUAUGGUCAACAGCAGGAAUCUUAUCAGGGGCCACCUCAGCAGCAGCAGCAGCAGCAACAACAGCAAGGUUACCCUCCUCAACAGCAGCAAUAUGCUGGCCAGCAAGGCUAUCCAAGUCAGCAGCAAAGUUAUGGUAAGUGAUACUAGUGUUCUUUCUUUUAACCUCUUCUUUCUCCUCUCUUUUUCUCCUCAAAGUGUUCCUCUUGCUCUGGAAAUCAGAGGAGAUGCUUUAGGCGAAGUAGGAACUAUAACCUUUUUAGAUGAUUUCUGGCAAAAUACAUAUCUUCACUUGGCUUCCACUUCUGGGAUCUUGCAGCUUUCCACCAGAUGUCCCUUGCACUGACUUAUGAAGACGGGUGUUUCAUUGCACAUCUGCAAGGUGGUCAGUGGAGGAUCUUGCUGUGCCUGCCAUAGACCAUGUGUGUACAAAUGACAUGGCUUCUGUAAGCUAUGUCUGGUGCUGAAUUCCAGGACAAGGCAGAGCAAGGAGGGAAAGCUUCAGGUUACCGUAGCCCUUCCCUUUCUCCCUAUUCACUGUGCACUGUUAAACAUAUAGUGUUGUUGAUAUUGCAGCCUUCAAUGUCGUCGUCCUCACUGCCAACAGCAGUGAACUCCAUGGGAGGAGAGCGGAAUAAUAAUUAUAUGCAUGCAAGGGGAGCCAAUCAUGGAGAGAUCUUUUGUUCUGAUUUGUCUGAUGCAAAUUUUGGGCACCUGGUGCUAAUUUUCUGUCCCCAUAGCAACCGGACAGUGAAUUUAUCAUGCCCUGGACUUAAACCUUACAUUGACACACAGGGUUAUUAAAGUGUAAAUUCUCAGGAAUUCAAAGUGAAUUUAAACAUAAAUAGUACAAAGUAGCUGAACUGGAGCCAUAGGUGACAAGGACAUGUUUUACAAUUUCAUUAUUGUGGCCUAAAAAGUGAAAUUCACAUUUUAGUUAAUAUUUCUAAUGAUAUUCAUAGGCUGUGAUGCACUUCAAUAAACUGUAAUGUUCGUCUUGUAAUUUUAGACACCAUCAAAAUUGCAACUGUUGGUGGGAAGGUUUUUUUCACAUGUGAUUCUCCUUGUUUCUACAGUUUUUAUAACUGUACCAUUAAUAACAAUUUGCUUAAUUACUUUAAUAUAUGUAAUUAUAAUGUAAUAUAGGUUACACUGUCUGCUACUUUAGACUGGCAAGUUUAUUUCAUACUUUAGUUUUCCACUUGUUUUCUUUUAGGUAGAAGUGGAUCUAUAAUGGUAGAGCCAUGCAACCUAACAUACUUAUCUGAAAGCAUUUAUUUAUAAUAAUUUUUUCGAUAUGAUGAAACUGUUGCUUAACAUUUCAGUUUCAAGUUACAAUAAUAGUAAGGAAAAAAGAGUAUAGUGUAUGUAUAUAUAAUUAUAAGAUGUAUACAAGUGAGCUUGGGAAAAAAUAAAUCUGAAGCACUGUAUUUCAUGCAAUAAAAACAUGCUAUGCCAAAGGUUCACAGGUUUCUGAGUACACAUUUAUUUUAACAAUUUUCAUAGUUAAUUUAAAAAUGAAAGGAUGGGGUGAGGGAAGGGGUGCUACCGUGACGAAAAACAGUAAAAUAGUAUCUUUGAGUGUUGCAUCUUCACUUGUAUGAUUACACUUGGUAUUAUAUUUAAAUUAUUUUCCAAUGUUUAACAACUUAAAUCCACUAUUCUUUUCUGUUUAAAGCGCCUUCUCAGAGUGGUUCAGGGCAACAGUAUCCUAAUUACCCUCAAGGACAGGGUCAGCAGUACGUGCAAUACAGACCUUCACAGCCAGGACCCCCACAGCCACAACAACAAAGGCCUUAUGGAUAUGAUCAGGUAAACUUUUCUAUAGUGUAAACUAGUUUAUGGCUAUGGUUAUAUUCAGUGGCGGAACUACCGCGGUCGCAGCUGCGACCGGGCCCAUCACUCCAGGGGGCCCGACCGCACAUGCGGACCCCUGCGACCGGGUGCUCCUCGGCCAUGUGUUCUGGCCCGCACGGUAUAACCGUGGUUUCUAGUUGCGCCUGUUUAAUCUUUAACAUUGUCACAAUACAUUUUCUUAAAUAUUUCAGGGUUUAUAUUUCUUCAGACAAAAUAUUAACAGGGUUAGUCAUUAAACCCUGAGUUGUCAUUGUUCAUAUGGGUGAUUUUAAGUGCAGUGUAGUCAGACUGAAUAACUGCAUUUUGUUUCGCUGGCUCAGUUAUUUAGGCCUAAGCUUUUAAAUCCCUGUUCAAGCCACACAAUUCACACUUUUGUAAAGAACCCAUUAUCAAAAAGGUUUUGGAUUAAGUAAAAUACAAAGUACACAUGCAAAAUGUGAAAUUCUGAAUGUAGGUUGUGGUUAAUUGAAUGAUUUCCAAGACCCUGAAGAGAUCUAGUGUGAUGAACAGAAGUUUGUGUGGUUUCUAACCUCUAUACAGAUCUUAAUGAUGUAGCUGUUGGGCAUUUUGGAAGAGAGGUGGAAAAGACAAAUUGUUGGGUGUUAUGAACAUACACUGGGUUAUUCACUUUAGUGAGAGUUCAAAUUUAAGGUCAAAGUAGUCAAAAAGCAUAGCGAAGUUAGAGAAUGCUUCCAGUUUAGCGAUGUUGACUUUGAAUUGAGUGAAUAGCCCUGACAGUUUCAGAACAAGUUGUGCUUGGACAGUAGUACGUUACUGUGCUGCCCCAAAAGCCUACUUUACAUUUACUGGCCACGUUGUGCAAAUACAGAAGAGAGAAUUUAAAUCUGAAGAGUUGUCAGUAGUUGAGUUCAUGGUCAUGGAUUUACCUGUAUGUUUUAAACUACAUAAACGAUUUUCUUUUUUUUUUUCUGCUUUUAUUUUUUUCUUGCCAACUUACUUAUGCACAGUGUUUCUAACAUUUUCCAACACUUUGCACAUUUUAGGGUCAGUAUGGAAACUAUCAACAAUGAAAGGCAUGUAAAUCACUAGAACUUUCCUGAGGAAAGUGGACAUCUUGAAGGAGAGAAACUGUUCCUGUUAUCUUUCAUUUUUACCCUUGGAAAAUCAUGUAAAACUUUUUGGUAGUGCUGUCCACUUGGUUUUUCUUUUAUUCAAGACAGCAGAGAUUCACAUACCAAUGCUCAUUCACAUCCUUUACACUAGAUGGCGUUGUUGCGUAAAUAACCAGCAUGGCAAUGCUAUGCAUUGGAAGUAGAUUGUUUUAUCUUGAACAUAUUGACCUUUAAUUAAAGGUUUUGAGUGAGAGUUUUUUUAUUUUUUUUUAUUUUGCAUUGGGUUGUAUUUAUAGCAAUUUAUUGUAGAUGAAAUAUGCAAUCCUGUAUACCAGGGGUGCCAUUUACCUGGAUUAUAUAGAGGUUUACAUUCAGCCAAACGUUUUGUGAAAUAUACUGACAACUCAUAUUUUGUCUUUUACAGUCUGCAACAAGUCUUCUAUAUUAAGUUAAAAGGAUAAAAAAAAACAUGGUUGCCUCAGCGCUACCGUAUGUCUGAUUAUAUAUUUGUGUUUUUUUAUUAUAAUUAUUGCAAAAUAAAUAUUACAUUACCACACUUUUUGGUAGCUGGAAAUGUUUGUACCAUCGUAUAUCUUUCUAUUUUUUUUUUUUUUUAAAUAAAUGAAAUCUUGACAUCUAAAGCUGUCCAGAAAAUAACACAGGAUAUUUUUCAGCAGUGCUGUGGUUUGUUACAAUUUUCUAUAUAUGAGGCACACCAUCCUAUUUAAAUGUUACAGCAAAAGUUGCAAUACAUGCUGUGUCAACUGUUCAAUAACCAUUAUGCAAUACAACUCAAAAACUGGAGUAGUGUUUGGGAAUGUGCGUUUUUUCUUUUGUUUUUGAGAGCAAUUGUUUUUAAUAGUGUCUCAUAUGUGUGGUUCUAUAACUCCCUUAAUUCUCAGACCUAGUCUUCUAAAGUAUUGUGGGAGCUGCCACACAUCUGAUCUACAUGUUUUAAUAUUUUUUUUUUCUUUAAAAACAAACAACCAAUGUCUUUGUUUCCUAAUAAAAUAAUUAAGAUUACAUGUUUUUACAGUAUUUUCAUUUGAUGGUUCUGUGCCAAACUUACACUAGUGUACCUACAUUGCUAUUUAAAAAGAAUAAAUUAUUGUGAUU